AUGACACUGGAAAUCAAGCAGCUGGCGUCGUCGCCUUCUCGUUCGGGCAGACAUUUGCAGCGUUACAAUCAAGGGUUUCGUCAAGUUGUUGGAUGUAUCCCAUACAGAAUGAGAAAUUCCAACAAAUCAAGCACAGGGAGUAAUCAAUUAAUUGAAGAGUUGGAGGUCCUUUUAAUCAGCUCCCAAAAGAGUUCAAAAAUGAUGUUCCCUAAGGGCGGUUGGGAACUCGACGAGGAUAUCGAAUUAGCCGCUUUACGUGAAACUUUAGAGGAAGCCGGUGUUACCGGCUCGAUCGGGGCAAAACUAGGCGAAUGGAUUUUCAAGAGCAAAAGCCAAGAAAAAUUUCACGAGGGGUCCAUGUUCGCUAUGUUGGUCACCGAGGAAUUAGACGUUUGGCCAGAGAAAGACGUUCGUAGGCGAGUUUGGAUGACGGUUAACGAGGCUAGAGAAAUAUGCUCUCAUUCUUGGAUGAAAGAAGCUUUGGAAGCUUUCGUAUGCCAAUAUUCGCCGAGAGAGAUAUUAGUGGGAGAACCCUUGGGGUCGUGUGGGCUAGAAUUGUGUAUCGGUGAAGAAUUAACGCUAAGUAUCGAGACUCAAAGUUCGGACGGUGAUAUCGGCUGCUAUUUGUUUAGUUGA